CGAAUCAUAAUCGUAACGAGGAAGAAAACGAACCGCCGUCUGCGCUAAGCCAAGGUGGAAAGGCGUUGGACGAGGACGGCGGCGGCGACGGCGGCGGCGACGGCGGCGGCGGCGGCGAAACGAUGGCCUGCGCCUGCAGGCUCUCCUUCCUCCGCCUCUCUCCGCCUCUCCCCCCACGGCGUCCCCACCGGAGCGACCUUGUUCUCGCGCCGGCGCCAAGGCGCUCCCUCUCGUUGCCGCCAUUCCAUCUCAAGUCAUCGAAGUCAACGUACUUGACCGCCCAAUUCUUCGCGCUCGCUGCCCCCGGAAGCCCUGAGCUCCCUAUCCCCAGCGGCGGAGACGACAACUCCGGCGGCGGCGGCGGCGGCGGUUUUGGCGGUUCCGAUGGAUUCUCCGGGUGGUGGAAUCGCGACGGCGGCGGCGGCGGAGGCUCUCCACUCGGUCGUCUUCUCGUUCUCUUUCUCUGCUCCCGCGCGCUGACCGGCAGGAGCAGCUUCGUGAACAAAUCGGCUUUGUUCGUCAUCGUUUCGGUCGUUUCUCACUUCUGCGCAUUUCGAAUACCUGCCUCGGCGCUGGCGAGAGCUGCUCUCGGGCAGGAGGAGGAAGAGAAAGGUGUCGUUUGGGAAGUGCAGGGAGGCAAUUGGACGAAGCUUGUCCGUGAUCCUCGCAACAAGGACGCUUUCGUGGUCGCUUCGCCGGGGGGCUUCGGUUUCGGAGAUGAGAAGUUGUUUGCUCCCGGCGUUUUCCCCAAUCUGUGGUUGCAGUGCAGGGGCUUGUUCAUGCGGUUGAUGCUUCCUGAAGGAUAUCCUGACAGCGUCACCAGUGAUUAUUUGGAUUAUUCUCUUUGGAGAGGAGUUCAAGGCAUUGCGAGUCAAAUCAGUGGUGUUCUUGCCACUCAGGCCUUGCUUUAUGCUGUUGGUUUAGGAAAAGGAGCUAUUCCUACAGCUGCUGCCGUGAAUUGGGUGCUGAAGGAUGGGAUUGGGUACCUCAGCAAGAUUUUCCUCUCGAAAUUUGGACGGCAUUUUGAUGUCCAUCCAAAGGGGUGGAGGCUUUUUGCUGAUUUGUUGGAAAAUGCUGCCUUUGGAAUGGAAAUGUUGACUCCUGCCUUCCCACAUCUUUUUGUUUUCAUUGGUGCUGUUGCAGGAGCAGGACGCUCAGCAGCUGCUCUCAUUCAGGCGUCCACCAGGAGCUGCUUUUAUGCUGGCUUUGCUGCUCAGAGGAACUUCGCUGAGGUGAUUGCCAAGGGUGAGGCACAAGGAAUGGUGAGCAAGUCUAUUGGUAUCGCACUUGGUAUAGCAUUGGCAAAUGCCAUAGGCUCCUCUACACCUCUUGCACUGGCUUCUUUUACUGUGGUGACUUGGGUCCAUAUGUUCUGCAAUCUUAAGUCAUACCAAUCGAUUCAUCUGAGGACUUUAAAUCCUUAUCGUGGAAGUUUGGUUUUCAGUGAGUACCUACUGAGUGGUCAAGCACCUUCAGUGAAGGAGGUCAAUGAUGAAGAACCACUUUUCCCAGCCCUGCCCUAUCUCAAUGGAACAUUGAAAAAGGCACAAUCCAGUGCACUAUCUCCGGAAGCGAAGGAAGCAGCUGCUCAAAUUGAGUGCCGGCUGCAGCUAGGUUCCAAGCUCAGCGAUGUUAUCAACCACAAGGAGGACGUUGUGGCACUAUUUGAUUUAUUCAGAAACGAAGGCUACAUUCUGACAGAGUACCUAGGAAAAUUUUGUGUUGUGCUGAAAGAGAACUCUUCGCAACAAGACAUGCUUAAGUCAUUGUUCCAUGUCAAUUAUCUGUACUGGUUGGAGAGAAAUGCUGGAAUUAUGGCCACAAGCGUCAAUCGUGACUGCGGAGCCAGUGGAAGGCUACGUGUAUCAUUGGAGUAUGUGCAGAGGGAAUUUAAGCAUGUCAAAGAUGAUGCAGAGACAGUGGGCUGGAUAAGUGAUGGACUAAUUGCCAGGCCUUUACCUACUAGGCUUCGUGCAGGUCGCAUGGCAUCUUCGAGUGCAGUGUGAUCUAAAGAUGCUGAUUUGGGCCGAGCCUGUUGCAUGGCUUUUGGUGAUGCCUCGAGUUGAAGAGAGAAAAGAUCUUCACGUGGUCCAGGACUUGAACUUUUGGCAUGGUUUUCUUCUUUAUUGUCAUUAGUCACUGCACUGGUGACUUGUACAGAUUUUGGCAAAUUCAACCGAAUGUGACUGCAGUUACCCAGCAUGACUAGGAGAGUAGGCUUAUCAGGUACUUCUUCGAACCAUUCAUUUGAGUGCGAAUAACAUACUGCUAUUUGGGUGGGUUGGAGUUAAAGAUUAACGGGGUGAAAGCUUUGGGAACCAGAAGCUUCCAAUCAAGUUGUCAAGUCACGGCCAUGUCCUCCAGGAGUUUCAUGUGGUGCCUGUCUUCAGCAAUGCAUGCCCACUGAUUGUUUUAUCUACACGGUUCUCUUCGAAGCUAUCAUUGACCGAAAGCAUUUUGUUUUUUAACUCCUGUUUCUGUCUCUCAUGAAAUAGUUUCUCCAGGAAGUAUUGCCCCUCAUGUAACAGUAGCAAAAAGGAUAACAAGUGCUUAUGUUCCUAGCGAACCAAAUCUUUGGCGAGCCGAAAAAGCCUUCUUUGGCAUCUUAUUUGAAGUAGCAUAUCACCUCUAAGAAUAAUUUUCACUCUGCAUCGAUUGACAACUA